UCACUUUAUGUAACAACCAAAACAAAGUGGCCUGCGGAAUGAAUCUAGCCGGCAAAGUGGUUCUCAUCACCGGUGCCAGCAGCGGCAUCGGGGCGGCGGCAGCGCAAAAGUUUGCCCAACUCGGAGCAUCGCUAGCGUUGACCGGACGCAAGGUGGACAAUCUGAACGAUGUGGCCAAAAAGUGUACCGGAACCGCAGGGGCGCCGUUCGUUGUACCGGGAGACAUUAGCAACGAAGCCGACACGGAGCGUGUGCUGAAGGCCACGAUCGAGAAAUAUGGCAAGCUGGAUGUGCUGGUCAACAAUGCGGGUAUCAUCGAAACGGGUACGAUCGAGACGACAAGCUUGGAGCAGUUCGAUCGCGUGAUGAACACCAACAUCCGGGCGGUGUACCAUCUGACGAUGCUGGCCGUCCCGCACCUGAUCGCCACGAAGGGUAACGUCGUGAAUGUGUCCAGCGUGAACGGAAUCCGAUCGUUCCCGGGCGUGCUGGCGUACAACAUCUCGAAGAUGUCCGUAGAUCAGUUCACGCGAUGCGUUGCCCUCGAGCUGGCCGCCAAGGGUGUGCGCGUGAACUGCGUCAAUCCGGGUGUGACGGUAACGAAUCUGCACAAACGUGGCGGGAUGGACGAGCAAACGUACGCCAAGUUCCUGGAGCACUCCAAGAACACCCAUGCGAUGGGUCGCCCGGGCCAGGCUUCCGAGGUGGCCGACGCGAUCGUGUUCCUAGCGAGUGACUCAUCGUCCUUCAUUACCGGUGCCAGCUUGCCGGUGGAUGGUGGACGUCAUGCCAUGUGCCCCCGCUAAUAGUGCCAUCACGCAAACCAUUACGCCAGUCGCAUUUACAUCCUCCUGUGCGGUGAACUGUUUUAUUUCGCUCUGCCGUACGAAUUAAAAUAAAAAUA